AACCGAACACUUCGAGCAACCACAUUGAAAUCUCUGAACAAUUUUUUUUUUAGUUUUUUUUAGUAGUUUAUUGUGUUGUUGGGAUUUUCAAAAAAAAAUUCACGCGAGUUCAGGCUCAGCAAGCUCACUUAGUAUUCCGAAAUAUUGGCGAUCAAACGAUCAAAUAACGUAAUUGUAAUCAGUAAUCCGUAAUUUCCACGUGCGUCGCGAUGAUGAACCGAUUGACGGAGCGUCUGGUGGAGGCCAAGGCGAGGUGCUCGGACUACCGCAGCGUGACAAGGCUGAACGUGUGGGGCGCCGAGCUGCAGGACAUCUCCAUCUGCCUGGGGAUGCCGCGCCUGGAGGUUCUCUCGCUGAGCAAGAACAAGAUCAGUUCGCUGAGCGCCCUGCAGAACUGCACCCGCCUGCAGGAGGUCUACCUGCGCUCCAACGAGAUCGCGAGCUUCGACGAGCUCGACCACCUGGCCAACGCCCCAGACCUCAGCCUCCUUUGGCUGCAAGGCAACCCGUGCGCCGAGGCCGCCGGCAGCAACUACCGCACCUGCGUGCUCCGCAAGCUGCCCCAGCUGCGCAAGCUGGAUGACGUCGAUGUCAGCGACCAGGAGCUGCAGGCCGCCCUGCGAAGCGCUCCGUCAGGGAAGACUGCUCCUCCUCCUCCGACUCACUCCCCCGUGGAGCAACCGACAGCCGGCUCUUCGAAGGGAAAGGAGCAACAGGAGAGGCAGAAGGGGGAGAGGGAGAGGGAGAGGGAGCGCGAACUUGAGAAGGAGCGACUGUGCGACAGGCAGCGCGAACAGGAGCGGAAGAGGCAGGAGGAAGAAAGAGAGCGGGAGAGGGAGAGAGAGCGGGAACGGGAGAAAGAGAUGAUGCAGAACAGACUGAGGGAACAGGAGCGGGAGCGGGAGACGAAGCAAGAGAGGGAACGGGAUAACCGCGAGAACGGAACUGGAAACCAGGAGCUACCAUGGUCGGGGGCCCGAAAUGCCAGCGGCGAUGCCGUUCCUGGUCUACAGCAGCGAUCCUCCACCCCACCUCACAUUCCGCUUAACUAUCCGAAUCCGAUGCUUUCUCGUCGCCAGGACAACUACGAGUCGCUGCUCCGGACAACCGAGCACAUGAACAUGGCGGGGGUUAGUGGGCCACUGUCGUCUGUCCCCAACACCUCCCCAUCGCCAUCCAUCUGCUCCUGCUGCAGAGAUUGUGGCGCGGAUUGGCGACGCCCCCAGAUGAACGGCAACCUGCUCCGCGCCUCCUUGUGCCUCAUCCACGGGAUGGACGUGGCCGAGCUGGAGGCCCUCAGCCACGCCAUCCGCACCCAGCUGAUCAGCCGGUCGAUGCCCUACUGACCGCCACCUGAACCUCCAUUACUGAACUGAACUGAAGCCUCAUUGGAAUCCAGGAAUCUGUUCUGUUCCCAUGACCAAAUCUUAGAGAUCUUCCGCCAGAUUUGAGAUUUUUUGCCCUAUUCAAAAAUUUUGUACUUUUUAAUAAGUCGUACCAAAUUUUUAAUUUAACAUUCUUUUAAAAUUGGCUUAAUUGAUAUUAAGUCAAUGUAGAACCUAAUGUAUUUUGGAACAAGCUUUUGAUCUAGUAUUAAUAUGAUAUAUAAUAAAUUCUUAUUUACAAACAA